GGCAAUUUUGCCCUUGACCUGCUGUGUGCGCGAACACACGCCAAGCAGCCCAUACAGCCCAAAAGAGGAAGGCAAGAAAGAGGACACCCCGCGAGCAAACAAGCAAGCAAGCAAGCUCGCAAGCUCGCAAGCUCGCAGACAGCCACCAUUGCACGUCCUGCAUCUUGGUGUUUGUUGAUGGUGUAGUUGUCACUGCAUGGCAUGGACGUGCCUGUGGUGAAUUCUUCAGCAGCAACGGGUGCAAGCCACGCCGCAGUCUAUCCAGCCAUGAUCCAAUGCGUGCUGAACGCGCAGACUUCGCCAGCCAAGGACCAAAAGAGCAUCUGCAGCUACCUCAGCCAAGGCCAAACCUACACACUUACCCUGCACACCAAGUCCCCACGUCCACAACACGCCGCCAUCAAGUUUGACUUUGUGUCCAAGAACGACUGCGACAACGCGCGAGAUGCGGUCGUGGCAUGGCUGGCGCAGCGUCCACAGCAGGGCAUUCUCGAGCUUGAUGCGCUUGCUUCGCACGGUAUCCACGAAGCGCGGCAGACGGCGCCGGUACCCGAUCUGCUCGGGUCAAUCUCCUUCACCUGGUCGCAAUCCGCGACACUUGCAUUCAAGGUGAACUGCCUCAGCACGUCGUUCAAGGGUGGACAUGGAGGCCAGGCCGGGUAUCGCUUCAAACUCUCUCUCGACACAGCAGGCGAGGGUGAAGCAAAGCAAUCCUUCUCUUGCUGCGUCAAGGUGUUUACAAAUGCGGGUGUCGUCAACCGCCGCCUCCGCUCGGAUCUCGAGCGCGCCAGGAAGAACACAAAACAGGGGUAUAUUCCGGGCCAAGUGCACACCGUGCUGACGCCUCAGGGGGACUACCCGCACCACGCGCAACAGCACCACCAGCAGCAAUCACAGCACCAACAUCAUCAGCAGUUGCCGGCGAUGGUGGAUGAGCCGUCGCAGUUUGAUCUGUUGUCGCGCCUGCAGCUGACGCCGACACGUGUGGCCAAGGAGGAGGAGGACGUCGUGGACGAAGCAAGGAGACACCAACAUGGACAACAACAACAACACCAUGGACAACAACAACAACAUGGACAACAACAACAACAACAACAACAACAACAACAACAACAACAACAACAACAACAACAACAACAACAACAACAACACCAUGACAACAACAACAACAACAACAGACAACAACAACAACAACAACAACAACAACAACAACAACAACAACAACAACAACAACAACAACAACAACAACAACACCAUGGACAACAACAACAACAACAACAACAACAACAACAACAACUUGUCGAGGGCGGGACGGAGGCGGAGGGCGGUGUGUUUGCGCGCUACCGACAGACAGACGCAACCACACCGUGCACAAGCAGCGACAGCGACGGCAGCAACACAAGCAGUCGUCGUGGCAGUGACAGCGCACUCGCAAAGAAGGCGCCCACGAGCCAGCCCACCGCCACCCCUGCCACUCACGCUGCUGAUGCUGCCAUCCUUGCUCAUGCUGAUGUUGAUGCUGCUGCUGAUGGGAAUGAGGAGUCCGUACACACACCAGUGCAGACACCCCUACCUCGACAGCAGCAGCCGGGUGUGAGCAUCGCCACCACCACAGCCACCACUCCUGCCACGAGCAGCAGCAGCAGCCUUGGUGGUGGUGGCGCUGCGUCGCAGCUGAAGCGGUACCGCGGGAUGGACCACGGCGUCCACGCCCUAUCAACACCAUCGACACCUUCCAUGGUGACACGACCAUCGACCACCCCCGUGCAGGCUGCUCACCUCCAAUCGGCACCACAAACCCACCUCCCAUCACCAGGCACCACCACCACCACCACCACCGCAACAACGACGACCUCUGUGUCGUCGCCAUCAUCGCCCUCCUCGUCGUCGCAUUCGUCAGCGCGGGUGCGUGGCCGCCACGACCAGCCGCGCAAGAUGGCACGCCAGCAGCUGCCACCAUCCCGCCUCCCGCAUCACGAGCGCACGAGACAUGCGCCGCACAGUCCAAACAGACACACGCUGCGCCACACCCGCGAGCACAGGCGCUCGCCAGGCCUGUUUCUACAUCACCAACAACAGCAGCAGCAGCAGCAGCAGCAGCAGCAGUGGGGAACUGGCUUGGAGCAUGUCCCGCCAAUGGGCAUGGGCAGCAGCAGCAGCAGCAGCAACAGCAACAGCAACAGCAACAGCAACAGCAACAGCAGUCGAAGUCGGCGCGAUGAGACGGGGCAGCUGCUGCUGUCAGACGCCCUCAGCCGCGACCUCGACAUCCAAUCCCGAGAGCACCACCACCACCAACAGCCACAACAACAGCCACAGCAACCACAACAACAACAGCAGCAGCAAGAGCACGCCCAUGCUUAUGAUGGAUUUCAGCAGGGGCAAGGUGCCCCCACACAGCAACACGACAACCAACACCUCCAACAGCAACACCAGCAUCACUUUCAGCAUGCACCGCUGUUUGUGUCGUCACCAGCGGCCACCAAACCACAACAUCGCUACGAUCAGCAGCACGAUCAGCAGCAGCAGCAGCAGCAGCAGCUACAGCAACAGCAAGCUGGGUGGUCGCACGAGCCCGCCUUGUCGCUGUUUGCGUCAACAGCUGCCUCGCCUGCCCAUGACAUGACGCAACACAGCGGCGGCGAUGAUGGCGACGACACGACAAGCCAGCUGUUUGCGUCCAUGCUGUCUGCACUCCCGCCCUCCCCACACGCAGGGGAUGCCAGUGGCUGCAGCAACAGCGGUGGCAACGGCGAAGUCGGUGGUGCACAGGGCGAUUCUGGUGAUGCGCAACAGCAGCAGCAGCAGCAGCAGCAGCAACACUGGAUGCGUCACGCGCUGGCAUCGCAACAGGCACAGCCCGCUGACCACCACCACCACCACCACCAUCAGCACCAUCAGCACCAUCAGCAGUCACAGGAUGCGUUGUUUGAUUUGACGUUUUUGCAGGCCCUCGAUGACUUCAACACAACUGCGAGCAAUUCUCUGCACAUGGCACCCUCGCCGCCUGCUGACACAUCAUCGCUGCCAAGCACCGCUGUGUCUUCCACCCACCCCACAGCUGCACUGGCCACAGCCACAGCCACAUCCACAGCCACAACCGCCAUGUCCCCUGCUGUUGGCACCGACCACCAACAGCAGCAGCAGCGUGAGUACGCGUCAGGGACUGGUGAUUCGAAUACCUUUUCGCGCAUGAGCCGCACGCGUCCAGCGCGCAUCACGGCGACGUCCACCGCCGACCACGUGCGACAGUGGCUCGAGUACCACAACUUCCACUCCAUCAUCCCCGCCCUGCAAUACUACUCAGGCGAGGUGCUGCUGAGCGUGACGAAGCAAGACCUGAUUCAGAUCUGCGGGCCUGCUGAGGGCAUUCGCCUGCACCUGACGCUGCACACCUCAACGACAACAGCCAAGCGCCGCAGCAGCCCCGUCAUGAUGCUGACGUCGUGGACACAGACCGAUGGUGCCAUGGAUGAGACCUUUCCUUAA